AAACAAUUUGAAGCAUCUCCAGCUACGUACAGAUAGUCAUAUGUCUAUGAGUUACCAGUCAGUGAAUUCAAGCAUAGACCCAACUGAUGGUGGAGACCAAAUCAUGGAUGAAAGGUAAACCAGUACAAUCAAUGCAGAGUAGUAAAGCUGUAUGUCAUGUGUAUCAUGUACUGUAUAUGUUUAUGGUAUGUUCAAUUGAAUUGUGGGAUGGUCUUUUAUUGCUUGCAGGGUCCAUCUGCAGAGACCAGUGUCACCAGCCCCCAGUUAUGUAUCAAUGAAGAGUGACAAAUCAAUGAAUGUCCCUCUUGGAUUCAAGGAGGGAGAAUUAACUCAACAAGAGGGGUGAGAUAAUACAUUUUAUUUAUGGGAUUUCAUCCAAUUUGAUGUCACUAAUGAAUUAAUUAACAUUUACUUGUAGUAGGCUAUAAUUGGUUAUGUGCAGUAGAAUAUAGAAGAGUAACCAAUUAUAUUGUUAUUAUCCUAUUCAGGUCUAUAGAAAAGGGUUUUGUUCAUUGUGUGUCCGCCACAAGAGGUCCCCACUCACCUUGUUAUGACAGUCCCCCCAGGAUUUGUUUUUGUCAUAGUUGCAGGCCAAAAUGCUUGAUUCUGCUUUGGCAAUAAUUACAUUUUGCAUGGCAAUUUGCAAUGAUUUUGUGCAAUUUGUCACGAAGAUGCGCUAACAAGGGAAAACGUUUGUUGACGUGUUGCUUGAUUGAACCAUUUUAUGCUGUAAAGGUGUGGUGAUUGGUUAAAAUUAUGAGCCCUCUUUUUAAAGUGCGUUGAUCGGACAGUUAUAUACGGUAAUAUUGCAAUGAAUUGACCGGUUUGAACGGUCCCCAACCUUAUACCCUAGACACCCACCUGAGUGACCCAUACAAUAAGGAGAAGGCCUUAUCUGUUUUAUGGGCCUACUGUAAGUAGCCUAUACGCAGCCAAAACAGAAAGAUGAAUGUGUUCAGAAACCAACUAGAGCAGCACCGCCCCCUCAAGACUCUGAGCCUGCCUGCCAGAGUUGGUCCUACAAAGCCAGAGCCCCCUGAUGGGAGAGCAUAAUAUACAAGGAAAUUCUCAAAGCUGCUAAUGAGAACCUUGACGACCUUGUACCUUGCCGGUGGGGAUUGCGGUGGGGUGCCCCCACCCAGGUAGUGGCAGUGCUGGCAACACUAGGUGCAGUAACCCAUGGGGUGGGGGUCACACUCUGACAACUAGAGAGGGGGCAAAUUAUUGUGGCACAAAAUAAUCAAAAGGUCUGACUGCACACAGUUGCUUGGGAAAAUGGUUACAACGGGGGGACCAGUGUGUGUGUCAGGGGAAGGGGGUGUAUCUGAUCUCCAUCAGCUAGAACUUGACAUUGGUUAAUCAAAUCUUCCCAUUUUUGCCAAUUUGUGCAAAAUGUUACAUGCCUUCUCAAACAGAUGCAAUUAUAUAUGCAUUCGCACAUCAAGUCCUUUCUUGAGUUGGGCUCCGGGAUGGAACAACUGUUGAAUAUCUGAGCUUGUGGUUGUUUGUGGGGGAAAAAGGUUGAGUGUGUAUGAUUAUGUGUGUGUGUGUGUGUGUGUGUGUGUGUGUGUGUGUGUGUGUGUGUGUGUGUAUGUAUCCCACAUAUGUUGCUAUGGGGUAAUGAGUUAGGGACAAUAUAGGAUUAAUCAAAAUAAUUGUUUGCUAAAAUAAUAAUUGCUUGCAAAAAAUGAGAUUUUUGUAAUGGCAAUCCUGGAUAUAGGUAACAAUCCUUCUCAUGAACUGCCUACAUUAUUACGCAUAUUAUUCAUUAAUUAGGGAAAUUAAGAUACGCACAACUUUUUAUAUAUACAGUACCAGUCAAAAGUUUGGACACACCUACUCAUUCAAGGGUUUUUCUUUAGUUUUUACUAUUUUCUACAUUGUAGAAUAAUAGUGAAGACAUCAAAACUAUGAAAUAACACAUAUCAUGUAGUAACCACCCUUUGCCUUGAUGACCGCUUUGUACACUCUUGGCAUUCUCUCAACCAGCUUCACCUGGAAUGCUUUUCCAACAGUCUUGAAGGAGUUCCCACAUAUGCUGAGCACUUGUUGGCUGCUUUUCCUUCACUCUGCGGUCCAACUCAUCCCAAACCAUCUCACUUGGAUUGAGGUUGGGUGAUUGUGGAGGCCAGGUCAUCUGAUGCAGCACUCCAUCACUCUCCUUCUUGGUCGUAUAGCCCUUACACAGCCUGGAGGUGUGUUUGGUCAUUGUCCUGUUGAAAAACAAAUGCUAGUCCCACUAAGCGCAAACCAGAUGGAAUGGCAUAUCGCUGCAGAAUGCUGUGAUAGCCAUGCUGGUCAAGUGUGCCUUGAAUUCUAAAGAAAUCACUGACAGUGCCACCAGCAAAGCACCCCCACACCAUCACACCUCCUCCUCCAUGCUUCACGGUGGGAACCACACAUGCGGAGAUCAUCCGUUCACCUACUCUGCGCCUCACAAAGACACAGCGGUUGGAACCAAAAAUCUCCAAUUUGAACUCAUCAGACCAAAGGACAGAUUUCCACCGGUCUAAUGUCCAUUGCUCGUGUUUCUUGGCCCAAGCAAGUCUCUUCUUAUUAUUAGUGUCCUUUAGUAGUGGUUUCUUUGCAGCAAUUUGACCAUGAAGGCCUGAUUCACGCAGUCUCCUCUGAACAGUUGAUGUUGAGAUGUGUCUGUUACUUGAACUCUGUGAAGCAUUUAUUUGGGCUGCAAUCUGAGUGCAGCUAACUCUAAUGAAUGUAUCCUCUGCAGCAGAGUUAACUCUGGGUCUUCCUUUCCUGUGGCGGUCCUCAUGAGAGCCAGUUUCAUCAUAGCGCUUGAUGGUUUUUGCGACUGCACUUGAAGAAACUUUAAAAGUUAUUGACAUUUUCCAGAUUGACUGAUAUUCAUGUCUUAAAGUAAUGCUGGACUGUCGUUUCUCUUUGCUUAUUUGAGCUGUUCUUGACAUAAUAUGGACUUGGUCUUUUACCAAAUAGGGCUAUCUUCUGUAUACCACCCCUACCUUGUCACACAACACAACUGAUUGGCUCAAACGCAUUAAGAAGGAAAGAAAUUCCACAAAUUAACUUUUAACAAGGCACACCUGUUAAUUGAAAUGCAUUCCAGGUGACUACCUCAUGAAGCUGGUUGAGAGAUUGCCAAGAGUUUGCAAAGCUGUCAUCAAGGCAAAGGGUGGGCUACUUUGAAGAAUCUCAAAUAUAAAAUAUAUUUUGAUUUGUUUAACACCUUUUUGAUUACUACAUGAUUCCAUAUGUGUUAUUUCAUAGUUUUGAUGUCUUCACUAUUAUUCUACAAUGUAGAAAAUAGUAAAAAUUAAGAAAAACCCUGGAAUGAGUAGGUGUGUCCAACAAAGUACUGAUUCAAGGGAUUGAAUACUUAUGUAAAUUUGAUAUUUCAGUUUUUCCUUUUUUAUAAAUGAGCAAACAUUUCUAAAAACCUGUUAUUGCUUUGUCAUUAUGGGGUAUUGUGUGUAGAUCGAUGAGGGAAAAAAAACUAUUUAAUACAUUUUAGAAUAAGGCUGUACCGUAACAAAAUUUGAAAAAUGUCAAGGGGUCUUUAAUACUUUCCGAAAGCACUGUAUGUAUGUGCCUUUGGAAAGUAUCCAGACCGAAAAUUGAUUCAAAUUGAUUAAAUAAAUGUGUUUCCUCAUCAAUCUACACACAACACCCCAUAAUGACAAAGCGAAAACAGGUUUUUAGCAAUUCCAAAUGAGGGGUGAGAGAUUGACUUUAUUCAUUUUGAUGUCAAUUCCAAUGAAUUAAUUGUUUUUUGUUCUGUUAUAUCCACCUCUCAUAGUGUUGUUUUACUAUUCUUUUCAAAGGAGACUUUGUUCAAAAGGAUUUGACCCCUAACCUCACGUCCCCAACCCUUACCUUAAGUCUAAACCUAACCUUAAUCCUAAACUUAACCAAUUUCAAUACCUAAGCCCUAAUCCUAACCUUUGAAUCUGCCGGUCAAAUAUGCACCUACUUUAUGGCAUUUUGUUGAAGUUGAUAUCAAUAAUAAUUGGUUGACUUUUGAUGCUUCUACUCCUCAAAGUUAUGAAUUACUCUAUUCUACUGUACUUUCAGUGUCCUUCUGGAGAGAGCAGAGUCACCAGCUCUGAGUUAUGCAUCAGCAAAAAGUCACCAGUCACUGAAUACGGAUGAAGAAGACGAGGAGGUGAACUCAGCUCAAAAAGAGAAGUAAGAUCAUACAUUUUAUUUAGGCAGAGGCAACCGAAUCAGACUUUUCUUACCCAGAGGCACAAAACGAAUCACGUUCUGCGCAUGUGUUAGAUGCUGUGAGACAUGCGAGCUGAGACAGGAUCAGAGACAUGAGCUGAGACAGGAUCAGAGACAUGCGAGCUGAGACAGGAUCAGAGACAAUUUCACCGCCGGGAGCAUCUUGGCUAAAUGUUUUCCUCUGCAGACUUCAUGAGAAAUAUUAUAAUAUUGGUAUUGGUAACCAUCUGGAUGUCACCGGGAUACAGUCUAUUCAGUGGGGAUAGCAUGCACGGCAAGUCGGGUCACAGUGUCUUUUGUGGGGGUCCACCCACCAUUAAAUAGUUCUGUUAACAUCAUGGCGAGGAAAGUGCUAGCUAGCUAGUGUAGCCAGUUAAUCAAGGUGACAGCUAAAGUACAAGCAACAGUGGUUGCUAGGUUGUGGUGAUAUUUGACAAAUGUAAAAGGAUGGCAUUAACAUUGUAUCCCAAAAUGAUCAAAAAUAAAUUAAACUUGAACACUUAACUAACUCUCCCAAUUUAACACACACACACACAAGAGAGGGAAGCGGCAGCGUUGGGCGCAAACAAUUGUAAAGUAGAAAAUCCUGCACAUACGCAGAUUUUUAAAAAUAUUUUGCUAUCGGGAAGAGGCACACAAUGUUUUUAGCAACCCAGCCACUCCAUUUUAUAUUAAGGGUAUUUCAUUCAACUAGGGAUCAAUUCAGACUUCAAGAUGAACUCAUGGAUAGCAUUGUUAUGUCUCUGCGUGCAGUUGGAAGGAAGUUGAAAUAAGUUUUGUGAGCCAUUGCUAACUAGCAUUAGCGCAAUGACUGGAAGUCUACAGACAACUUGCAAUUGCGCUAAUGCUAGUUAGCAUCUUCCUUCAAACAAUUGUUAUCCAUGAGUUUGUCUAACUCUGGGUAAGUAGAAAAAUGGCUUAAUUGCCCAAAUAUUGCACUAUCCCUUUAAGAAAGGUAGGCUUACAUAUUUCCUAAGCAUUUUUGGAAUUAAGCACAUGGCAGUUUUUGGUAUUCAGACUCAUGCGCGCAACAAGCUCUUUUGGGUGUCUUCAUUACAGGCCAUAAAUAAUUUGGAUUCAACAUUAAAACUCCCACCGACUCGUGGCGGACAAGUUUGGAGUUAACAAUUUCCAAUUAAUAUACCAGAACCAAACCAGUUACGGGUUAUCUUUCAUUCAACAUGACUCGGCACAAGCAGAGUAGUCUCUGUAGACAGACAUGUUACCUCCCACAAUGUACCAAUGUUCCAGCAUGCACGUCUGUACUAAAACCAACGUCAGUUUGGCAGAGAGGAAAGGGCGGAGUUUGGACAUCCUUCCAGAGCCCUAUCCGUUCAUGUCCUGCCGUAAACAUUUCCGGUAGCUAGAUGGAGCUCGCAGAGGAUAUUUUCAAUGAGUGUAUUUUUGCAAGUGAGUUGUUUGCAUGCACCAUGACGUUAGCGUUACAAGCUUACAACCACUGGCUGGCUGUGUCUAAAAAUAGCCUAGCUAUCUGCGUCCGCAUUGUGAACGCAAUUCAGGGUGUUUCUUUAUAUCAGAAAAUGCCCAUUGGUGCUGUCUAUCAAGCUAGCAAGGUUUUCUUGAGGGCUUGAACGCAGCCCGCAAAGCGAUUAGCCCUUGUGGCUGGGACCGCGGAUUGUCCCGGGGUUAUGGCUGUCUAGAUUCCUGCUGUUUGUUGCUGUUUCCAUCUUUCCUGCGACCUGCCAUGUCUGGAACUGCGAGGAGUAACAGCGUAGCCUACAUUUCUACCAUGAUAAAGACCAAAGCCGGUGGGAGUACCGUUGAGGACAGUGGUGUCUCUCACAUGUGAAGGAUAUUUUAAACAAACAAAAAUAGUUCUUCAAGCAGUUGCUACAACAACAAGAAAUUAGCUUCAAGUGUUGUGUCCAAAUACUGGUGGAGUCAACUAAUAAAAAAUUGAUGACCUUGUAGCAACUGACAGUGGUGGAAAAAGUACCCAAUUUUCAUACUUGAGUAAAAGUAAAUAUAAUUGCUCAAAUAUACUUAAGUAUCAAAAGUAAAAGUAUAAAUCAUUUCAAAUUCCUUAUAUUAAGCAAACCAAAUGGCACAAUUUUCUUGUUUUUUAAAUUACGGAUAGCUACCGGCACACUCCAACCCUCAGACAUAAUUUACAAACAAACCGAAGCAUUUGUGUGUCACAAGGCUGAUGUGGAUGCGGUGUUGGAGUCAGGCGCAGGACACAGAAGCUUAGUUGAUCCGACUUUUAAUAGUCACCGGAGCAAAAUUCAAAAUACAUCGGGUGAAUAUGCAAAACAGUGCGUAAAGUGCGCACGGCACUAACAAUAAGUAAACUCAUACACUAAACCAAUCCGACAGGAGAACAACGACACACAACUACAAACAAAACCAGAGGAAACUUAUAGGUGACAUAAUCAAGACGUGAUGUGGGACAGGUGCACUAAACAGACAAAACCAAACAAACAUAGAUAACAUCAAACGGUGGAAGCUAGUACUCCGGGGACGACGAACGCCGAAGCCUGCCCGAACAAGGAGGAGGAGCAGCCUCGGCGGAAUCCGUCACAUUGUGUUUAGUGAGUCCACCAGAUCAGAGGCAGUAGCAAUGACCAGGGAUGUUCUCUUGAUAAGUGUGUGAAUUGGACUAUUUUUCCGUCCUGCUAAGCAUUUAAAAAAGUACUUUUGGGUGUCAGGGAAAAUGUAUGGAGUAAAAAGUGCAUUAUUUUCUUUAUUUUCUGCAAGUCUGUUGUGGCAAUGGAUAUUACAUUAUCAGCAUUUAUUACAUUAUAAAUGCAAAACUUAUUAUGGUAUUAGCAGGUAUUAAAUUAUUGAAGAACAGUUUGCAGUUCUCCCAGGGUCAGCUCGAUGAGUUUUAACAGGAACGGCAAGAUGACAGCAAUAUGUAAGUCAUUGGGAGAGGACAUCAGUUCUGUAAGUGAAUUCAUGAUAACAAUGAUGGAGUAAUCAGAUUAUCUUGAGGGACAAUCAAGGUGGAACAACGUUGUUGUGGACGGAAUUGCAGAAUCUCCACGAGAUCUGGAGUCUGAGGACAAAGUGAGGGAAAUGAUCUCAGAGAAACUGAAGAUGGACCACAGGAAGAUUGAGGUGGAGGUCACCAACAGGACUGGAAAACCCACCACCGUCCCAGGUGAUAAGCCCAAUAGUGGUCCAAUUUCUGAAUUUCAAUGAAAAGGUAGCUGUUCUGGAAAGAGCCAAGAACUUGAGAGGAACGUACAUCUUCCUCAACAAGGACUAUCCUGAAGCUGUGCGCCAGAAGAGGAAAGAACUUAUCCCAGCCAUGAAAGCUGCCAGAGCGCGUGGGGACAUUGCUUACAUACGCUAUGACAGGCUCAUUGUCCACCCUCCCUCCCAAAUGCCUUGUAAGGAGUAGAGAGCCUGUGGGUUCGUAGCUUCAACCCCGCAGCACACACACAAUUAUACACACCAACUGAUUAAUGGACUGCUGAAUAUUUGUUUUUCAUCUCUGAUAAGCUACCCAGGAAAGGGCUGAAAAUUGCCCAUAUUAAUAUAUGUAGCCUUAGAAAUAAGGUUAAUGAAGUCAAUAACUUGCUAACAUCAGAUAACAUUCAUAUAUUAGCCAUUUAUGAGGACUUACUUAGAUAAUUCCUUUGAUAGUACAGCAGUAGCAAUACAAUGAUAUAACAUCUAUAGGCGAGACAGGAAUGCUUAUAAGGGAGGUGUUGCUGGAUACAGUGGCUUCAGAAAGUUUUCACCCCCCUUGACUUUUUCCACAUUUUGUUGUGUUACAGCCUGAAUUUAAAAUGGGUUACAUUGAGAUAAUGUCAAAGUGGAAUUAUGUUUUUCAAAAUGUGUAGAAAUUGAUAAAAUAUGGAAAGAUGUAAGUAAGUAUUCAACCCCUUUGUUAUGGCAAACCUAAAUCAGAUCAGGAGUAAAAAUGUGUUUAACAAGUCACAUAAUAAGUUGCAUGGACUCACAAUAAUAGUGUUUAACAUGAUUUUUAAUGACUACUUCAUCUCACAUACAAUUAUCUGUCAGGUCCCUCAGUCGAGCAGUGAAUUUCAAACACAGAUUCAACCACAAAGACCAGGAAGGUUUUAAAUGCCUUGCAAAGAAGGCCACUGAUUGGUACAAACAUUGAAUAUCCGUUUGAGCAUGGUGAAGCUAUGAACUUUGGAUGGUGUAUCAAUACACCCAGUCACUACAAAGAUACAGGCAUCCUUCCCAGUUGCCAGAAAGGAAGGAAACCGCUCAGGGAAUUCACCAUGAGGCCAAUGGUGACUUUAAAACAGUUAAAGAGUUUAAUGUCUGAGAUAGGAGAAAACUGAGGAUGCAUCAACAUUGUAGUUCUUCCACAAUACUAACCGAAUUGACAGAGUGAAAAGAAGGAAGCCUGUACAGAAUCAAAUACAAAUAUUCCAAAAUAUGCAUCCUGUUUGCAAGAAGGCACUAAAGUAAUACUGCAAUAAAUGUGGCAAAGCAAUUAACUUUCUGUCCUGAAUACAAAGUGUUAUGUUUUGGGCAAAUCCAAUACAACACAUUACUGAGUAUCACUCUCCAUAUUUUCAAGCAUAGUGGUGGCUGCAUCAUGUUAUGGGUAUGCUUUUAAUUGUUAAGGACUGGCAAGUUUUUCCAGAUAAAAAUAAAUGGAAUGGAGCUAAGCACAGGCAAAAUCCUAGAGGAAAACCUGGUUCAGUCUGCUUUCCACCAGACACUGGGAGAUGAAUUCCCCUUUCAGCAGGACAAUAACCUAAAACACUGCCAAAUCAACCCUGGAGUUGCUCACUAAGAAGACAGUAAUUUUCAGUAGCCAAGUUACAGUUUUGAUUUUAAUCUACUUCAAAAUCUAUGGCAAAACCUGAAAAUGGUUGUCUAGCAACAAUCAAUUUGACAGAGUUUGAAGAAUUUUGAAAAUAAUAAUGGACAAACAAUCCAGGUGUGGAAAGCUCUUAGACUUAAUUGUAAAAAAAAAAAAAAUUAAAAAUAAAGAAAAACCCUUGAAGGAGUAGGUGUGUCCAAACCUUUGACUGGUACUGUAAUGCACAAAUACAUUUCUUGGUAGUCCCAAAAAUAUUGAUUGCCAUCAGGUUGUAAAUCACAGCUGGCCAUUGUUUGCUGCUUAAAUUGAGGUGAAUAUAUUGAUUAAGCUCACCUUGUCCAAGAGAGAAUUUCACGGCUAUUAAAACAUCAUGCCAAGGUAAGCCUACACCAAACACACAAUUAAUUAGAUGUUUUUGUCAAAAUCAUGAUGUGAAAAAUGAUUGGCGGAAAAACCAUUGGAACCAUUUCCGUGUUUUUAUUGGUAUUAUGACGCGUCCACUGUGGCGGACUAUAACUGAUGAAUUUAUAAACGCGCAAUACCCGUUGAAUAUGACUGGUGUCAGUAAACAGUCGGGAAGAAGACGUAAUUCAAUUGUUGCCAGCAGCACAGUUACUAAUGCUCUAGAUAACAGCCUAACCAGCUCUGCUAGGGUGAGUAAAAUGGUCAGAGUGAGGUGUUCUCUCAUUUGUGUCUGGAAGUAGCUAGCAAGCCAUCCAACGUUAGCCAGUAAGCUUGGGUGCUUGACUGCUGUUGUGAGGUCAGAACGCUCGGAGCAACGCUACUCCUCAGAACGUCCAGUGUCAAUAGUGCAGUUUGUGCUCUGAACACUAAAAAAAAGUGUCAUAUUCUUCCUGGGGCUGUAUGUGAACAGAAGUUAAUGAGAGAGUUCAUGUUGCUAAAACGCUGUCAGUCCCACUUUAAUUUACCUUUAUAAGGCAGUAACUUUCUCAGCUCAAAAUACACUUCUUGACUCUAUGUAACUCACGUUAAAUGGACUUUUACAUGCAUGUCCUCUCAUUUAAUCUCCUUCUUCGUUCUCCACUAGAUCCACCUCUUUUCUCUGAAAACCUUUUUGUAACUUCUCAUUGGUUGAGAAAACUGUCAAUUGAUCAGCAAGUGUCUCUUAAAGUAACAAAGCACGGGAUGCCAAAUGGCAUCGCCACAUUAAAGAUGCGCACUAUGCAGAAAUCGCUCCGCCAUUUCACGGUUGCUAAAAUUAUAAUAUUUUACCUAAUUUCAGUUUGUGGUCAUUGUUUGUGGUCAAACAAGCAGUCAUUGUGUAGAGAAUCAUUGUACCAUCUAAACCGCUGUGAAAUAUAUUUUCCAUAACCAAAGAUAUUGUAUUUUCAGCUGUUUGAAGCUGGUGUACAAAACCAAAACGAAACUUCAGAACGCGAAGCACAGAAAUGGAACACAUAGAACAGAUCUAUCACUUCUUAGGCUUGCUUUUCAACGGGAAUAAAAUGUCUAUAACUUACAUUUCUAUGUGAAUUUUGGUUGGGUCUCCAAAAAAGUUACAUAUUGUAGAUUUUAAGUAGUUCAUAUUUGUUCACCACUCCACAUAAGAUCAUUGAUUUUUAUUAAAGUGCAUUUUAUUAAACUAGCAAACAAGAAAAUGUGUCUUCUGCUUGUUUCCUUACCCCCCACAACAGUAGCGGUGGCAAGACCUUUGUGAAGGCAAUUCUUGAACUGCUCGAACAGUAGCGGUGCGUGGAUAAAAUCACAGGGGAAGACAAGCCAGAAAAGAAUGCCAUAUUACAAUUAUAAUCUGUGUGUUGUAGUAAUUGCAUUGUUUGCUCUAUAAGCCGUUAGUUUAUAUGCCUUGCCACCGUGAUACAGUACAUUCGGAAAGUAUUCAAACCCCUUGAUUUUUUUCCACAUUUUGUUACGUUACAGCCUUAUUCUAAAAUUGAUUAAAUAAGUUACUGCAAGUCACAAAGAAAACAGGAGCUGCCUCCACUAUUCCAGCAUCAUUUCAACUUUAAAAUGUAAACAUCAUCAAAUCACCUAUGCUUACUUUAAUACAGUGACUAAAAGAUUCAAAAACUAUUUAGUUAAAUAUCAUGUGGCUGUCCAUGGUACUGAUUUCUCUCUGUGUGAGUGUUUGUGUGCAUAAGUCGAAAAAACAUGUUGACUAGAGAAAUGCCAAUGCCAUCCUCCUCUCUUUCAUGUUGAAGAAACGGUCUAUGACUCUGUCAUACAGUCCACACUUUUAGUUUUUGUUGUGCUAGGCUACUGUCGUAUCGAGUGAGUGGUGGCAAUUAUUGCUGAUGAACAAAAGGAGUCUGCUCAUACUGAACGUUGAUCAUAAGGUUUAUUCAGAUCACAAGCUUCAGCAUGAGUGACAGGUGACAUGACACCCGGAGAGUGACGCCUCAGAAUGGCUGCUCGUUCUGCCCUCUCCUUCGUUUUCCCCCCUAUUUAUAAACAAUGAUGCCCCCUCUUCUGGCCAAUCACCAGUCUCUCCUGUCCACAACACACUUCCUGUCUGUUGUAUGCGGCGUUCCACUAAAAACAUUCCCUCUUGAUACUAACAUAAACAACAUUCCCUUUCUUCAUAAAAACAUUUAACAAAGACAUAAUCUUAAUACACUACACUACCUGUCUAAAAUGCUUGCUUGCUAGCCUAACUUCCUGUCAUGGCCAACGAUGAGCAAGCUAGUUAACAUUAGCCUACUACAUCUAGCUACAAAUUGAACUUCCAUCCUGUCAGGCCAGGGGCACAACAAUGUAUGAGGUAAUGGUUGGAUCAGAAUCGCCACUAUAAUCAUUGGCCAGUACGGAGAAUUAAGUAAAACCACAAGUCCAAAUCCCUAACCCAUCCAUGGCUAAUUUAGGAAAGGGACAAUUUUAAUUAGCUAGCAAGCCACCUGAGGACAACAACACAACGAGAUGUUUUUUUUCUGUCACAUUUACGUUUGGCUUGAUGUGAUGUGAUUGGUGUAAAGGCAAAUACGAACUGGCUUCCCUUCACACUUUUUUUGGGUGUUCCAGGACCAUUCACAGUUGAGCUCACUCAGUUUAGCUCAAUGCUGAUUGGCUAUUAUGGUAUAUUUUUCUUUAUCAAGGGAGGGCUAAUGCUCGCUGGCUUCCCUUGCAUUCAAUGCUACAGGCGGUAACAUUGUCAUACUCUUUUUGACCAGACAGCAUCAGAUAGAUGGGCUACACAUACAGAGACAGAGGGGCGCUGUUUCGCUCGCUCAGAUGCUUUCUCCAAUGAGAUACAUUCAGCCUCUUGUGAAUUGAAGAAAAACAAUGAAAAACAGAGAGACGAAAGAUACAUUAUUUGAUAUAUUUUUUUAUUUUUGGUACAUUUUCGGAGGAAGCAUCCAUAAAUACACGCCACUGCAUCACACACACACAACUCUGAGAGGAGCCACUGUGCAGUGACCAUGGAGAAGUUGUGUGCUUGAGCAAGGACACAACAGUAGGAGAUAGUAGUUAUGAUCCAACAACAGCCCUGCCAGAUCAAUUGUGAAAACUUUCAGCAUCUUUCUUUGUUCACAGAAACAAUUUGAAGCAUCUCCAGCUACGUACAGGUAGUCAUAUGUCUAUGAGUUACCAGUCAGUGAAUUCAAGCAUAGACCCAAGUGAUGAUGGAGACCAAACCAAGGAUGAAAGGUAAACCAACAACACAUGCAUUAUUACAUGGAGUUGUAUGACAUACACUACAUAACCAAAAGUAUGUGGUCACCUGCUUUGUUGAAAAUCUCAUUACAAAAUCAUGGGCAUUAAUAUGGAGUUGGUCCCCCCUUUGCUGCUAUAACAGCCUCCACUCUUCUGGGAAGGCUUUCCACUAGAUGUUGGAACAUUGCUGCAGGGACUUGCUUCCAUUCAGCCUCAAUUAGUGAGGUCGGGCACUGAUGUUGGGCGAUUAGGCCUGGCUCGCAGUCGGCGUUCAUCCCAAAGGUGUUCGAUCGGGUUGAGGUCAGGGCUCUUUACAGGCUAGUUAUGUUCUUCCACACUGAUCUCGACAAACCAUUAAUGUAUGGACUUCACUUUGUACCCGGGGGCAUUGUCAUGCUGAAACAGGUAAGGGCCUUCCCCAAACUGUUGCCACAAAGAUGGAAGCACAGAAUCGUCUAGAAUGUCAUUGUAUGCUGUAGCGUUAAGAUUUCCCUUCACUGGAACUAAGGGGCCUGAACCAUGAAAAACAGCCCCAGACCAUUAUUCAUCCUCCACCUAACUUUACAGUUGGCACUAUGCAUUAGGGUAUGUAACGUUCUCCUAACAUCUCUGCUUCUUCCAGAGGCAGUUUGGAACUGGGUAGUGAGUGUUAUAACCGAGGACAGACAAUUUUUACGUGCUUCAGCACUCCAUGUUCCCUUUCUGUGAGCUUGUGUGGCCUACCACUUUGCAGGUGAGCCGUUGUUGCUCCUAAACGUUUCCACUUCACAAUAACAGCACUUACAGUUGCCUGGGGAAGCUCUAGUAGGGCAGAAAUUUUACAAACUGACUUGUUGGAAAGGUGGCAUCCUAUGAUGGUGCCACGUUGAAAGUCACUGAGCUCUUCAGUAAGGCCAUUCUACUGCCAAUGUUUGUCUAUGGAUAUGGCUGUGUGCUCGAUUUUAAACACCUGUCAGCAACUGGUGUGGCUGAAAUAGCCGAAUCCACUCAUUUGAAGGGGUGUCCACAUACUUUUAAAUACAUAGUGUAGCUCUAAUGGUUCAAAAAAUGUAUAUAUAUAACGAACAAAACACCUGCCUGAUGAUCUCCAAAUCCAACAAGUUUAAUUUCCUGAACGACUUAGUGUAACUCACUUUACUUCAGAAGACAAGACCUUCAAUCCCAUAAUGUGGUCACUCACAUUUCCAUGGAAACUCCUACCAGACACAAGUGCAGUGGCCAUCUUGUUUUGAUCCUUGUUUUAUCCUCUAGGGGAGUUGAUGGAAAAAUGUGAAAACAAGGCAAUUACAGUGGGGAAAAAAAGUAUUUAGUCAGCCACCAAUUGUGCAAGUUCUCUCACUUAAAAAGAUGAGAGAGGCCUGUAAUUUUAAUCAUAGGUACACGUCAAAUAUGACAGACAAAUUUAGGAAAAAAUAUCCAGAAAAUCACAUUGUAGGAUUUUUAAUGAAUUUAUUUGCAAAUUAGGGUGGAAAAUAAGUAUUUGGUCACCUACAAACAAGCAAGAUUUCUGGCUCUCACAGACCUGUAACUUCUUCUUUAAGAGGCUCCUCUGUCCUCCACUCGUUACCUGUAUUAAUGGCACCUGUUUGAACUUGUUAUCAGUAUAAAAGACACCUGUCCACAACCUCAAACAGUCACACUCCAAACUCCACUAUGGCCAAGACCAAAGAGCUGUCAAAGGACACCAGAAACAAAAUUGUAGACCUGCACCAGGCUGGGAAGACUGAAUCUGCAAUAGGUAAGCAGCUUGGUUUGAAGAAAUCAACUGUGGGAGCAAUUAUUAGGAAAUGGAAGACAUACAAGACCACUGAUAAUCUCCCUCGAUCUGGGGCUCCACGCAAGAUCUCACCCCAUGGGGUCAAAAUUAUCACAAGAACGGUGAGCAAAAAUCCCAGAACCACACGGGGGGACCUAGUGAAUAACCUGCAGAGAGCUGGGACCAAAGUAACAAAGCCUACCAUCAGUAACACACUACGCCGCCAGGGACUCAAAUCCUGCAGUGCAGACGUGUCCCCCUGCUUAAGCCAGUACAUGUCCAGGCCCGUCUGAAGUUUGCUAGAGUGCAUUUGGAUGAUCCAAAAGAGGAUUGGGAGAAUGUCAUAUGGUCAGAUGAAACCAAAAUAGAACUUUUUGGUAAAAACUCAACUCGUCGUGUUUGGAGGACAAAGAAUGCUGAGUUGCAUCCAAAGAACACCAUACCUACUGUGAAGCAUGGGGGUGGAAACAUCAAGCUUUGGGGCUGUUUUUCUGCAAAGGGACCAGGACGACUGAUCCGUGUAAAGGAAAUAAUGAAUGGGGCCAUGUAUCGUGAGAUUUUGAGUGAAAACCUCCUUCCAUCAGCAAGGGCAUUGAAGAUGAAACGUGGCUGGGUCUUUCAGCAUGACAAUGAUCCCAAACACACCGCCCGGGCAACGAAGGAGUGGCUUCGUAAGAAGCAUUUCAAGGUCCUGGAGUGGCCUAGCCAGUCUCCAGAUCUCAACCCCAUAGAAAAUCUUUGGAGGGAGUUGAAAGUCUGUGUUGCCCAGCGACAGCCCCAAAACAUCACUGCUCUAGAGGAGAUCUGCAUGGAGGAAUGGGCCAAAAUACCAGCAACAGUGUGUGAAAACCUUGUGAAGACUUACAGAAAACGUUUGACCUGUGUCAUUGCCAACAAAGGGUAUAUAACAAAGUAUUGAGAAACUUUUGUUAUUGACCAAAUACUUAUUUUCCACCAUAAUUCGCAAAUAAAUUCAUAAAAAAUCCUACAAUGUGAUUUUCUGGAUUUUUUGCCCUCAUUUUGUCUGUCAUAGUUGACGUGUACCUAUGAUGAAAAUUACAGGCCUCUCUCAUCUUUUUAAGUGGGAGAACUUGCACAAUUGGUGGCUGACUAAAUACUUUUUUACCCCACUGUAUAUGGUUACAAUGGCUGAAAUAGACAUAUCCACUAAUUUGAAGGGUGUCUACAUACUUUUGUAUAUAUAGUGUACGUGAUUGACAUGUAUAUAAAGUAAAUGUUUCUUGUGAAAUUUAAAGUUGCUUGGUAAAUCUAAUAAGUUCAUGUAUUUAAUGUUUAAUGUUUAAGUUGUAAUGUGUGUAAUUGUCUUCCACUUAGCAUCAUCAGGCCAGGAGAGGUGGUCUGUGAUGUCUGUGAUGAGGUCAGAGCUGUGAAGUUCUGUCAGACCUGCACUCAGUCCUACUGUGAGACCCACGUUAGGAAGCACUACACAGUACCUAAACUACAGAGACACACCCUGGUGGAGGUGACUGGAGACCUGGAGGAGAGACUCUGUCAGGAGCACCACAGAGCUCUGGAGGUGUUCUGCAGGACAGACCAGAAGCUGAUCUGCAGUCUGUGUGCAGUAACAGAACACAAAGGACAUGAUGUAGUCUAUGAUGAGAUAAAACAAGCAGGAAGACAGGUAGGUACUCUAUUUUUUGCACCUGAAGAUGCUCUUUAAAGAAGAUAUUGCAUUUGAUAAUAAUGUUAUAUGUUCUGCAAAGAAACAACUGUGUUUUCAUCAGAAUAAUGGGUUCUUACUCUGUUUUCAAGACUUUUGAUAGAGAGCAAUGUCAAAGCCCAAGGCUGGCCUCCGUUGACGGUAGGUGUACAAUCAAGAAAUACAUUACCUAAACAAUGUAUUUUGAGACCUUUACAUUGUGUUCAACAACAUGCAUACCAUUUUAAGAUCAUAAAGAGGAAGAUUAAUUUGUUUAGAUUAAUCAUUCUUAUUCCAUAAUGGUUGUAUGUAGUUUUCUUUUUAGUGUGUGUCAGUGCAAUUAAAGUAAUUAUUUUUCUCUUCCAUUAUUUCUAUAGAAGUACUGCCUCCUCCUGGUGAGAUCCAGUUCCUGUCAGUGACAUCAGACUCUGUUUCUUUGAGCUGGGGUUCUCCUGAGGGAAUGACCGGACCACAGAAGUUCAUCAUGACCUGGGGAUGUGAUGGGGAAGAGAGGAGCCUGAGGGUGGAAGAUGGGUGUAAUAUUGAAAUAGAUGGACUCCAGCCUGGUAAAAAGUACCAGUUCAGUGUGGCUACAGAGGGAGAAGAUGGCAGCCGAAGCAGAUGGGUCUCAGAAUCUGUAUUU